AUGCAAAAUAAGCCCAACACCAUUCUUGAGACAGAACAAACGUGCUUUGUUCCAGAGUCGCGAGAGCCAGCACAGAUGGCCGCUGGAAUCGAUGAUACGCUGAUGUUUCACCGUAGAGCGCAGUAUGAAGCGCUGGCCAAAACAAAAAAGCGCACCUUUUACACAUUAGUGAAUGCGAUGAAAGAAAUGUGCAAGGAAGAAACGCGCAAUAAGAAAAUUAUCGCACUAGGUGAACUUAAGCGUCUCAGAAAACCCGAGUCACAGUCAGUAGGGGAUUUCUGUGUUGAAUUAGAGCGACUGACACGUAGAGCCUAUCCUGAAUUGGAGGAAAGGACGUUGUCAGUCAUUCGUGCAGACCACUUGUAUGACCAACUCUCCCACUGGGACGAAUCCUGUCCACCUACAAGAGGCUUUGGAAGGACCUGGUGGCGACAUAGUAAGCAGAGCUCGAAGCCAGCAAGAAUAGUAAGGCGAAUAAAGAAGGCACUGGAUAUGAAAUGCUUCAAAUGUAAGAAGGCCGGUCACAUGGCGCGUGGCUGCAAGAGUACGGUCACAGGCGAGACAAAUCGUCUUAUGUCCUUAUCGGCACGAGUUCGUGGAGUGAAUUGUAGUGAUAUUAGCAAUAAACACGGACAUGUUUAUAGCGAUCCUCCUCCAAACAUUGUUGGCAAGCGAUCAACAAUUGACGUGUCAAUCCGCAGGAGAGACAGGAAGGCUUUACUUGAUAUGGGAUCGGAAGUAUCGAUUCUAUCGGCAAAGGUGCUUGAAGAAGCCAUGGAAGACGGGAUCGACAUUGAUGCAAAGGUCAAACAAAUCGCUUCUACCAAAAUCGCUGAAAGGAGAGCGAUGGAUUUCCUGACCGCAGUUGAGAUCGAUGUAUUAGAUAAACGACAACAAGGGAACCCAGUGCGGAUGUUGAGAUCUGCUGGACAGCUAGUUGACCCCGACAUGUGGCUGAAUUACCUGUAUCCGACUGGACGAAAAUCGCCACCCAUCUUCAUUUCCACCGCUCUAUCGAAUCUCCAAAUGCGAAAGCAAAAAAUGAAACUUUUUGCGACGCUUCACCUAGCACGUGGCUGCCCUGCCACAACAUCGUUCCAAAAGCCCCUUGGCUCCGCCCAGAAAAAAAAGGUAAACAAAAAAUACGCCACGAAAAAUCUGUUCUCAACAUCUCCGAGUGUGCGACCGCAACUCACCAAAUGUGACGUACGACGUUCUUGUAGCGAAAUGACGCAACGCCUACGCGAAAUUGAGGAUCACAACAUCGCUAUGCGCCUUCAGGAAGAAGAAUUCAUG